AUGGUUAUUUUUAUGCCAUAUUAUCGACAACAUAAUCGACAUUGUCAUUCUCGUACUCGUUCAUCAAAUAGACAAAAUAAUAUGAUAACAACAACAAAUGAUAUUUCAACAAGUGAUUGUAAAUUUGCAUCAACAUUGUUAUGUCAUUUUACAUUUUCUCUUUUCCUAUUUCUAAUUGCACUUUUUCUAUUUCAAUUAUCAAUUAAUGAUACACAAAAUCAAAUAGAAGGAUCAUAUAUUGUAGCUUCAAUUUUAUUAAUCAUUUCUAUUAUUUCAUUUAUACGAAUAUGUCAUAAAUUAAAACGAUAUCAUGUUAUUAUGAAUACUAGACAUCGACUUAUACAAAGAUUACGUGAACGACAACAAGCAUAUGAUUUAGCAUUAUCAUUAAAUAAUAAUGAUAAUCUAGAUCUUAUUAGAAAUGUCAAUACCGAUUUACCUUCAUAUAAAGAAUUAUUUCCUUCUCCUCGAGAUAUAAAUAACAGUAGUAAUGAUGUAUUAUCAUUACCACCACCAUCUUAUGAUGAUUAUAUUAAAACACUUGCUAUUCGUCAUUCUAUUACAAGUCUUCCGAUAUCAUCUUUACAUUCUCAUACAUUAUCAAUAAUAAAUACAUCUUCUCAAUCACAAACAAAUUCAACACAAUGUCUUUGGAUCAAAGAUCAAACACGUAGACCUCUUUGUAUUCGUGGUACU